CGGUGAGCCUCCGGAGAGCCCCGCGCCGCCGGAACUGUCCGUGGCCUAGUCCCGACGCGUGUGUGCUUGCGAGCCGGGGACAGCGGCGGCGGCCCGGCCUGCGGGGACCCGACAGGGCCGCUGCCAUGGGGAAGUGACGCGCUUGCGACCGCUGUUCCGCGGCAGCGGCGAGACAUGAGGAGACCCCGCGGCAGGGGCAGCGGCGGCGGCUCCUGAUCCCCGCGAUGGAGGAGAAAUACGGCGGGGACGUGCUAGCCGGCCCAGGCGGCGGCGGCGGCGGCGGCCUCGGGCCGGUGGACGUGCCCAGCGCUCGAUUAACGAAAUAUAUUGUGUUACUGUGUUUCACUAAAUUUUUGAAGGCUGUGGGACUUUUUGAAUCAUAUGAUCUUCUUAAAGUAGUUCACAUUGUUCAGUUCAUUUUUAUAUUAAAACUUGGGACUGCGAUUUUUAUGGUUUUGUUUCAAAAGCCUUUUUCUUCUGGGAAAAGUAUUACCAAACAUCAGUGGAUCAAAAUAUUUAAACAUGCAGUUGCUGGAUGUAUCAUUUCACUCUUGUGGUUUUUUGGCCUUACUCUUUGUGGACCACUAAGGACUUUGCUGCUAUUCGAACACAGUGAUAUUGUUGUCAUUUCACUGCUCAGUGUUUUAUUCACUAGUUCUGGAGGAGGACCAGCAAAGACAAGGGGGGCUGCUUUUUUCAUUAUUGCUGUGAUCUGCCUAUUGCUUUUCGACAAUGAUGAUCUCAUGGCUAAAAUGGCCGAACACCCUGAAGGACAUCAUGACAGUGCUCUAACGCACAUGCUUUACACAGCCAUUGCCUUCUUAGGUGUGGCGGAUCACAAGGGUGGAGUAUUGUUGCUAGUGCUGGCUUUGUGUUGUAAAGUUGGUUUUCAUACAGCUUCCAGAAAACUCUCUCUAGAUGUUGGUGGAACCAAACGUCUUCAAGCUUUAUCCCAUCUUGUUUCUGUGCUUCUCUUAUGCCCAUGGGUUAUUGUUCUUUCUGUGACAACUGAGAGUAAAGUCGAGUCUUGGUUUUCACUCGUUAUGCCUUUCACAACAGUGAUCUUUUUUGUCAUGAUCCUGGAUUUCUAUGUCGAUUCCAUUUGUUCAGUCAAAAUGGAUGUUUCCAAAUGUGCUCGCUAUGGAUCCGUUCCCAUUUUUAUCAGUGCUCUACUUUUUGGAAAUUUUUGGACACAUCCAAUAACAGACCAGCUUCGGGCUAUGAACAAAGCAGCACACCAGGAGAGCACAGAACACGUGCUUUCUGGAGGAGUAGUAGUGAGUGCUAUAUUCUUCAUUUUGUCUGCCAACAUCUUAUCAUCUCCUUCUAAAAGAGGACAGAAGGGUACCCUAAUUGGAUAUUCUCCUGAAGGAACACCUCUUUAUAACUUCAUGGGUGAUGCUUUUCAGCACAGCUCCCAGUCGAUCCCUAGGUUUAUUAAGGACUCACUAAAACAAAUUCUUGAAGAGAAUGACUCCAGGCAGAUCUUUUACUUCUUGUGCUUGAAUCUGCUUUUUACCUUUGUGGAAUUAUUCUAUGGCGUGUUGACCAAUAGUCUGGGUCUGAUCUCAGAUGGAUUUCACAUGCUCUUUGACUGUUCUGCUUUGGUCAUGGGACUUUUUGCAGCCCUGAUGAGUAGAUGGAAAGCAACUCGGAUUUUCUCUUAUGGGUAUGGCCGAAUAGAAAUUCUCUCUGGAUUUAUCAAUGGGCUUUUUCUAGUGGUAAUAGCAUUUUUCGUGUUUAUGGAGUCAGUGGCUAGAUUAAUUGAUCCUCCGGAAUUAGACACGCACAUGUUAACACCAGUCUCAGUUGGAGGGCUGAUAGUAAACCUUAUUGGUAUCUGUGCCUUUAGCCAUGCCCACACCCAUACCCAUGGAGCUUCUCAAGGAAGCUGUCACUCAUCUGAUCACAGCCACUCACACCAUAUGCAUGGACACAGUGACCACGGGCAUGGUCACAGCCACGGAUCUGCAGGCAGAGGCAUGAAUGCUAAUAUGAGGGGUGUAUUUCUCCAUGUCUUGGCAGACACACUUGGCAGUAUUGGUGUGAUCGUAUCCACCAUUCUUAUAGAGCAGUUUGGAUGGUUCAUUGCUGAUCCCCUCUGUUCUCUUUUCAUCGCUGUAUUAAUAUUUCUCAGUGUUGUCCCACUGAUUAAAGAUGCCUGUCAGGUUCUACUUCUGAGACUGCCACCAGAAUAUGAAAAAGAACUACAUAUUGCCUUAGAAAAGAUACAGAAAAUUGAAGGAUUAAUAUCAUACCGAGACCCACAUUUUUGGCGUCAUUCUGCCAGCGUUGUGGCAGGAACAAUUCAUAUACAGGUGACAUCUGAUGUGCUGGAACAAAGAAUAGUACAGCAGGUUACGGGAAUACUUAAAGAUGCAGGAGUAAACAAUUUAACAAUUCAAGUGGAAAAAGAAGCAUACUUUCAACAUAUGUCUGGCCUAAGUACUGGAUUUCAUGAUGUUCUGGCUAUGACAAAACAAAUGGAGUCUAUGAAAUACUACAAAGAUGGUACUUACAUCAUGUGAGAAAACUUGGAAAUUACCCCUGGGGUAUGAACAAUGAAGAUUAACUGACUCGGUAUUUAUAAUAUUGCCAGAAGGAAGAAAACUGCACAUAAUUGUACAGAAACAUUUUGCUAUAUUUGAGAAAAAAAAUUUAAAGCUCCCUACUGAUGGAUCAAGGAAUCUUUUGUAAAGGAAAUUUAAAUAUAGAAUGAAGUAUUAAUUGUACAAAUAAAAUAACUAUUUAAAUUAUGUGUAAAACAGGAAACUUAAAUUUGAGUGAAAUGAGGUACCACAUCAUCUUCGAAAAUGAACAUAUGAUGGAUUCUAGUGAAGACCAAAUUACUUCUGUGUGUUUACUUUCUCUCAGAAAGCAUCUCCACUGUAAAUAAUGUAUUUACAUGUUUAUUACAAAGACCCCAAAUGAUAAAUUUUUAGUCAGAUUUUUUCAUAGCCCUGGGAUAAAAUAGGAAUAAAAGUUUUAUAUUUAUGGAUUUUCUGUAUAUAAAACUGGUUUCUAAUUAUAACUUAAACCUGUUAGGUAAAAUCUGUAUUGCCACUUUAAAUGUAGACUAAUUAUUUGGGAGAAACUUCAACCACUGAUAUGAGGCAGCAGUGAGAAUAGAAGGAAUAACGAGACAAGUUUUUGAUGUAUUAAAAAGCCAACCACUCUGUAAAAUAAAUUUUUUUACUUUUGGUAA